AGCCCACUGAGGUCAUAUUUCUGGACAGAAAAUAAAUACCACACAGCCACGGUCCUGCCAAGGGGCAUUUAACAACCAUCCUCUCUGCCGCUGCUGCUCGGCUGAGGACUGUGUGUGCCUGUAUGGAGACCUUAUUCUCCACGGAGGAACUGCGUCAACCACUCCGUGACUGAAACAAGGAGGAAAAUAACGUUCUCCUGGUGUCUAUCCCAGUGAUGGAAGUGGGGGACGGUGGAGCAGCUGGAUUGACAGAAAGAACUGUCUUCUUUCUACUAAAUCAUUUUAUGACAGGGUUUGUGCAGGGAAGGUGACGGGGAGUUGGAGAAAGACGUACCUGCAGUGAAGAGGAACACGGCCACUGUGCGGUAGUGCUUCCUCUGUGUCCCCCGGCAGAGGGAAAUGAGGGCCACCAGAAACGCCACCAGAGUUGACAGGGCACCGGUCCCCAGGAGCACCAGCGUGGCAAUCUGCCAGUCUGCAGCAAGGGGACACGCAGACUCCCCGGAGCUGGUCACCACCACCACCACCGCACAUUUGUCACAACCAUCACAACUUUCAGUCAUCAUGGAGCUAGACUUUGGACAUUUUGACGAGCGAGACAAGGCCUCCCGUACCCCGCGGGGCGGGCGCAUGAACGGACUCCCCAGCCCCACCCACAGCGCCCACUGCAGCUUUUACCGCACACGCACCCUGCAGGCCCUCACCAACGAGAAGAAGGCCAAAAAAGUGCGCUUCUACCGCAACGGAGACCGCUACUUCAAGGGCAUUGUGUACGCUGUGGCCACCGACCGAUUCCGCACCUUCGACGCCCUCCUGGCCGACCUUACACGCUCACUCUCCGACCACAUCAACUUGCCACAGGGUGUCCGCUUCAUCUUUACCAUUGAUGGCACACGUAAGAUCAUAUCCAUGGAUGAGCUAGAGGAAGGGGAAAGCUACGUCUGUGCAUCAGAGAACAUCUACAAGAAGGUCGACUACACAAAGAACGUCAACCCCAACUGGUCUGUGAAUGUAAAGGCCUCGGCGAGCCAGAAGAACCUGCAGUUGGCUGCCAAGGCUGCGGGCGAGUCCAGGGAGACCAAGGACUUUGUCCGACCCAAACUUGUGACGGUGAUGCGCAGCGGCGUGAAGCCGCGCAAGGCCGUGCGCGUUUUGCUCAACAAGAAGACGGCGCACUCCUUCGAGCAGGUCCUCACCGACAUCACAGAGGCCAUCAAACUGGAAAGCGGCGUGGUCAAGAAGAUCUACACACUUGACGGCAAGCAGGUCACCUGCCUGCAAGAUUUCUUUGGGGAUGACGACGUCUUCAUUGCAUGUGGACCAGAGAAAUUCCGCUAUGCCCAGGACGACUUCUCUCUGGAUGAGAACGAAUGCAGGGUGAUGAAGGCGCCCAAAGCUCAACGUGGCUCAGUGAAGAGUCCUGGUCCCAUCAAGCGCUGCAAGUCUCCUGCUGAAUCAACCAACGGGACAGGCUCAGCCAGCAGCCAGCUGUCCACCCCGGUUUCCAAGCAUUCCCCCACCUCCACCCCCACUAGUCCAGGCCUCAACAACAAGCAGAAGGAUCUCUACUUGCCCUUAUCUCUGGAUGAUGAAGAUUCUCAGGGCGAAUCGAUGUAGACUCUCCUCCUGCGGCCCCUGCCUCCUCUUUUUGGCCUGAAACACAGAAGUUUUUAUACCUCUGCUGCUUUCCACCGUCACUCACAGUGCCACCUGUUGUCUCGGGAGAACCACUUCUUUGUCUCUUUUCUUUUUUUAGGCCUCGGCCACCAGGGCUAUGACACAAUUUGCUGCUUGAGGGGAAACACAAAACCUUUUUAAAAAACAACUGCAGUUUUGACCACUUUGUAACAGUCAGCUCACUAACGUUCAGACACGUUUCUAUGUUACUGUCACCAUUUCUCAAAAUGGCACACAGUUCACCGACCGUUCCGAUGUCACGGUGUCAAAAUUCACUUUCCAACAUUUUGUUAAAGGAUGCACUGACUUUAAUGUUUAAGGAUUUCAAGCAGCAAAUUGAUAUUUUAGGGGUUUUGGUCAAAACUAACUCAACUUUUUUUUAUCACUCGUAUUCGUGACGUUCCUCCGUGUCCUCCCGUCCUUCUGCCCUUUCGGUUAAUGGUGUGAAAGGUUAACGGUUCCUUGUCAGGGCGAGUCUGCUAAGCCAGAGAAAGUCAUGCUAACUCUCUGUAAAUACUGUGUAUAGCUAUAUCCAUCAAAAACAUCUCCGUCCAUUGCUGUGCUUCCGUAACGUCACCACAAUGUCUAACAUUCGCUCAACACAACACAGGGUACAGUAAAAGAAGCAACCAAAAUGAGGUCCCUCCACAGAGGGUGAGGAUGUGUAGGAUGCAGCUCCUGACUGAAGAGGAUUAUUGGUCAGAAGCACAGGCCUCCUCCGUGUGAAUUCGUGUUCCAAACUGAAUGCACACAAGAAAUUAUAGAACCAUAAUCGUGUUUAAAAAAUGACGCUAUUUUAAAACACCGUAAACACGCAGGCCCGAAAUCCUUAUUUUUGGCUCCAAAAGAAAUUGGCAUUCUUUGUCCAAUCAGAGACCAGGCGGAGAAAAAGCAUCUUGCGUAGCCCUCACAGGAAAUCUUUAUGUUGGUGUUUCCUCUAUUCGACCCUCUCCAUGGACCGUAGGCUACUCGAGGUAUAAACCCUCUGUGUUUUAGAUUUUUCACAAACUGCAGUGCAUGAUGUUGGUGACUGAAUGUGAAACCAAGGACCUAACGGUGCAUUGAACAACCAAAGGAAAAAACAAUUGGGCCCUUUUUUUUUUUUAAAUAAGAACGUUCAGUAUACAACGGUUUUGAUGACCAAGUCUAAAUGAUUCCCCUUCCCUAUAAUUGUACAAUGUGUGGAAUUCAAAGAUAAAAUAAAGGUCUCAACGCCAAAGCAUGAUUUUAGACAAAGAAUUGUAGAAAGAGGAAAAUAUGUCAUUUUAUUAGUUUUUUUAAAUUCUUCAAUUGUCCUGGAGGAAGCACACCUGAAGAUUUAUGCUUGUUACUUUUAACGCAUUCAAAUCACAUCCAGAUCAACCAUUGCUCAUCUGAGGCAAUAAGUGUUGUCAGGGCGCUAAACUUCAUUGGGGAUCGCUCCUCUUUUGCAUGGCUUAACAUAGUUUUCAGAUGCACGGGGAAGGAAAACAUUACGGUUGUCUAAAUCUAUGUGGGAUUUACAUUUUAUAAAGUUUAUUAAUUUAUAUCAAGGGUACUUGUCUAGGAUGUUUCUUUUCUAGCUUGAACAUGCUCCCGUGAGCUCUAAAACUCUCGUACUUUAUUCAAGGUCUCUCUGUGCAACUUUCUGUUGCCACUUAUUUUUUAGACUUUUGCGUUGUGCGUCUUACGAAUCUACUGUAGAGAGUUCGCUCAGAUUUUGCAGGGAAUCAAACCUGAGGAUCUCUAAAUUCGACAACACUGAAGCACAAAGCAGGGAGCUACUAAUUCAUCACAGCAACAGACACUUUAUACUGUCUACUUGCCAGCAUUGCAAUGCGUGACCACAAUUGAUUUUUUUGAUGUAUUGAUGAAAAAUGCUGCACAUGUAGCAUCCUUUAAAUUAACAUCUAUGCAUUCAGACUAAAAAAUAGUUAACUUUUUUCUUUUGUGGAGAGGAUGACUUCUUUUUUUUAUAUACCUAAUAGAUAAAUGAGAAAUGUACUGAAAUUUAAAUGUCCAUGCAGUCAUUGAAGUCAUAUGUCUUAGGAGUGAUGCGGCGUCUGCCCUCUGGAUAAGUUGUGAAAAGCUUUUAUUUUUAAUUUUUAUCACCUAUUUAAUGCUCAAGACAAAUUAUCACAAAAAUUCCUGGUGCUGUGAGCUUCACCUUUCUCCAGCAGGGGGCGCUGUCACACCAGCACACCAGUUAAUAACAUCAGCUCAUCCAACAGCAGGGACACCUCACUUUACCCACCAUUUUGUACAAACACCCCAUUUGACACGUUGUCCUUUUUUCCUCAAGCAGUUCUGUAUAACCUUCCAUGCUUCUAAUGGUCUUUUUCUACAGCUUAUUAGGCGCUGCAGCGUAUUACAUGUAAACAUUAACAGAAAAUGUUGGUUGUCUUGUGUAAACCGGUCGCCACCAUGUAAGAUGGAUGGUGUGAGUUCAUCACCUACAGUGGUGCCUUUUUUUCUCCUCUUAGAUUACUGUCUUUUGAUAAAAACAAAAAAAUAAAUGAAACGGGAUGUUGAAGGCUUGUGCUUUGUCAACAGCUGUUUGUAAAACAUUUUUCAAAUGUCUUGAAUGAGGAAGUGUCCCAGAUGCAUUUUUGUUUUUGCAGAGUUGCAGGACACUUUUAUCACGGUGUACAUAUGCUCCCUGUGCUCUCUCAUGUUUGCCUUCCUGAUCGACUGAAUGACUCUUUUUAGUGGUAAUUUGCAACGUCACAGUGGCUUGUUUCAGUGCUUCAUUCAAUGUUUUAACCGGUAUCCUUUUGCAAAUUAAAACAGUUGUAUUUCA